AUGCCAAAGGUCCACCUGCUGGACUACGUCGCGGGCAAUGUUCGCAGCUUGGUGAACGCCAUCGAGAAGGUCGGCUACGAGGUCGAAUGGAUUAGGAGACCCGAAGAUGUUCCCUCGGCAGAAAAACUGAUCCUCCCCGGUGUCGGCCACUUCGGCCACUGCCUCUCCCAACUCUCCCAAGCCGGCUUCCUCCCCGCCAUCUCCGCCCAUAUCGCCUCAGGCAAGCCCUUCAUGGGCAUCUGCGUCGGUAUCCAGGCCCUCUUCGAAGGCUCCCUCGAGGACCUGGAAGUCCCCGGCCUGGGCGUCGUAAAGGGCCGGCUCGACCGCUUCGACGCCUCCACAAAGUCCGUCCCGCAAAUCGGCUGGAACAGCGCCAACACGGGCGGCGCGAGCCUCUACGACCUCCGGCCGGACUCGAAAUACUACUACGUCCACACCUACAAGUACCCCUACGUCCGCGGCGAGCUCGAGGCCCAGGGCUGGACCGUCGCAACGGGUACCUACGGUGACGAGACCUUUGUCGGCGCCCUCGCCCGGGGUAACAUCUUCGCAACGCAAUUCCACCCCGAAAAGUCUGGCGCUGCGGGCCUGCGCUGUCUCCGCGCAUUCCUUGACGGCUCCGGCGCCGCGGGUCUGGCCGCCAGUGCCGCCGCCGCACCACCCCCCGCCGAGACCACCGUCCCCUUCCAAGACGGCCUCACCCGCCGCGUAAUCGCCUGCCUCGACGUCCGCACAAACGACCAGGGCGACCUCGUCGUGACAAAGGGCGACCAAUACGACGUUCGCGAAAAGGGUGACGGCGGUAACGUCCGCAACCUCGGCAAGCCCGUCGAGAUGGCGAGGCGGUACUACGAGCAGGGCGCCGACGAGGUCACUUUCCUCAACAUCACCAGCUUCCGCGACUGCCCGCUGGCCGACGUACCCAUGCUCGAGAUCCUCCGCCGCACCUCCGAGACCGUCUUCGUGCCCCUCACCAUCGGCGGCGGCAUCCGCGACACGGUCGACACGGACGGCACCAAAGUCUCGGCCCUCGAGAUCGCGACAAUGUACUUCAAAUCCGGCGCCGAUAAAGUCUCUAUCGGCUCCGACGCCGUGCUGGCCGCGGAAGAGUAUUACGGCGCCGGCCGCAAGCUCUUUGGCAACACGGCCAUUGAGCAAAUCUCCAAGGCGUACGGCAACCAGGCCGUCGUCGUCUCCGUCGACCCCAAGCGCGUUUACGUCCCCAACACGGACGCCACGCGCCACAACAUCCUCAAGACGGCCAACCCGGGUCCCAAGGGCGAGGAGUACUGCUGGUACGCCUGCACCAUCAAGGGCGGCCGCGAGACGCGCGACAUGGACGUCGUCGAGCUCUCGCAGGCCGUCGAGGCCAUGGGCGCCGGCGAGAUCCUCCUCAACUGCAUCGACAAGGACGGCACCAACAGCGGCUUCGACCUCGAGCUCAUUUCCCAAGUGAAAGCCGCCGUCAAGAUCCCCGUCAUCGCGUCCAGCGGCGCGGGCGAGCCGGCGCACUUUGAAGAGGUGUUUGCCAAGACGACGACGGACGCCGCGUUGGGGGCGGGCAUGUUCCACCGCGGGGAGUACACUGUGAAGCAGGUCAAGGAUUUCUUGGCGGAAAGGGGGCUCAAGGUGAGGCAGUUUGAGGAGAACGUGUAA